ACCCCACUCUCCCCUACUGCUCUGCCCUUGAGUUCAGACGUGGCGCCGGGUCUGAACCGUUCUUUAUACCUCAGUGGUCUGAACACGGAGGUCCUGGACAACAUCACUGCCCAUCAUCAUCUACACCACAGACAGACCCCAAUUUCAACCCAACUUAUCCUGGUUCGUAACAUUUUUCCCCCCCACAGCCAGGCCUAUAGUUGUUUCCAGCUAUCGUAGAUAAGUCAGCUACCAACCAUGUUUUUGAUUGUGUCUGCCUUAAAAGUUGUCAAGCAAGCUGGCUAAAUUAACUAGCUAGCUAACAAAUAUAUUUGAUAGGAUGCUAACGUACUUCUAUCUGGCAAUGCUAGCUAGCUAUGUCGCUUGCAAACUAGCAAUGUUUGAAUGGAGCUAACGAAGUUUGACAGUGGUUGCCAGUAUGUUGGGUAUAACGUUACCAAACCGUGGAGGUAUUCAGCUAGUUAACUAUAAACAUAACUUAUGUAGCUUUUUAGCUGUAGUGGAGUGAUCUCAGCGACGGUAACGUUAGACCCAGAGCUAUCCAAUCAAGCUAGCUAGCUAACAUUUGAUACUGGAAAACAACUUCAUUGGUAACUUAGCUAGCUGGCUAGCGUUCGUCCUAAUUAAAACCUCUUCUGCCAUACUACCCAUGUCUGAAAAGUGAUUUACGAAUGGGUAACUAAAGUUAUCUAGCUACUAAUAAUAUUGAUGUUGAUGUUAGUGCAAUGCAAUGAUGACACAUCACCCUGUUCAACUUUGCUGCUACCAGCUAGCUAGCUACCAUGAUUCAGCCUGUUAACCUUGAUAGAGCUGUAAAGUCAUUUCUCCCAUCAGCUAGUUAGUUAUUUUGUCAGUAUGUGAGAGUCUUGUGCAUAUCCAUUGCAAUUCCACUGUGCAUGACAUUUUCAGACAGCUUUAUUUUCGCGCACACAAAAAAGCAGGUUAUUAAGGUUACAAUAUGUAACUUUUUAGGCGACCUGACCAAAUUCACACAGAACUAUUAGUUAUAGAGCUGUAAUUCUCAUUGAAAGCAAGUCUAAGAUGCUAUGUGCGCUAUUUCUAUGGUUCCAGUUCGUAAGUUUCGUUUUUGCGUCUUUUUACUUUAGGUUUGUACACCAGCUGAAAAUACAAUAUUUUUGGUUAUGGAAAAUAUAUUUCACAGCGGUUUAGAUGGUACAAUGAUUUUCUACACUAUACUUGCUUGUUUUGUCAAAAACGUAAAUUAGAGGAACUAUUAGAAUUUUAGCAAACAGGAAAUGGCAAGCGAAAAUUCCACCCAAAAACUAUCUUUUGGUAUUUGUUUCAUUAGUCCAUUCUUGAUAUAGUCCCCAAACUGUUUUGCAUGUCAGCAAUCAAGUUUUCAAGAUGUAUAACUUUCAAAAUACAGAAAUACUGCAGGUAUGAUGCAAAAUGACAGACAGGAAGACUUGUGUACAUUUAGCAGGUAUCAUUACAGUAGGAUUAUUAUUAUGCAUGUGUGUUUGCACUCUUAUUUCAGAAGUCUGAGAAAACAUGUGGCAGAAGGCUGCGGGAGCUGCCCUGUUGGCCUUGGCCGUUGGAUACUUCUACCACACCAACCCUGAGCUGCCUGAACAAGUUCUCCAGUACUUAUCCCUGCCUCAUCCAUCCAUUCAGGGCGAACCAACUUUGGAGCAGGUUAUCGCCACUGCCUGGGAGACCCUAAUAACUCCUCCCGCCCAUCAAUGGGGCAGAGUGGCAGUAGGGUGAGUUUCAGAGACAACUGAGCAUUCAUGAUGUCAUGAUUUAGAGAGUUUGCGGUUUUGGUUUUCAUCAUUCAUCCAACAAAACACUGCGUGUUUACUUUUUCUCUGGCUUCCUCCAUUUAGGGUGAAUGCGUGUGUGGACGUUGUGGUGUCGGGGAUAGGGCUGCUACAAGCUUUGGCUGUGGAUCCUGGGAUGGGCCGUGACCAUGAAGUGUUACACUCUAAAGAGGACCUGAAAGAGGCUUUUAUCCACUACAUGGAGAGGGGGUCCGCGGCGGAGCGUUUCUUCACCGACAAAGAGGUCUUCCAGAGGAUUGCACAGGCCGCUGCAGAGUACCCUGGUGCUCAGGCAAGUUAAAACAGUGUUUCUCCCCAUUUUAUAUCAGGGUCUUGAAAGCUAUGAUCCUGAAACAAGGUUAUAUCAGUUAUAUUCUUCAAGAAUCAAUGGGUACAUAUCAUUAACUUAUGAGCCCAAAAAUGGAUGUAGCAACUGCUAAUGGCCCCUUUUUUUAAAGUGGGCCUAAUCACUGAUCUGACAUGACAGGAUUGUCAGAACCCCUGUUUUAAAAAAAGAUGCCACCUUGGUUAUUCAUCAACUAUGAGAUAGGAGAGCUGAACAGUUUGCCACAACCCAGCAUUUGUGAAUUUCAGUUGGUUACAAUAACAGCAAACUGUUAGGCUAUGUCUAGAUAACAAACAGUUCACAUCUCUCCUUGAUCAAGCCUCAUCCUGUACCUAAAUGAGCAAAAGUGAAGUAUCAGCAGUAUAAGCAAAACCGUAUCAGCAGGAUUUCCUAUGGGCAGAUCGACGAUAUAAAACCUUAUCACCAAUAUAUCACCCAACCGUUAGUUUGGUUUCACAUUCUCAUGGUCUGUACAUCAGAUAGUUAAUGCUAACAGAAACCAAUUUAGCCUAAUCCAAGACCUUGUAUACAUUUGAAAUGCAUCAUCCUUUCUGUACUUGAGGUAAUCAUCACCAAUCCAACAUGACUGAAUAGGUGAAGGGGUGGUAGGUAGUCAAGAGGUUAGAGAGUGGGGACAAGUAGCUGGAAGGUUACCGGGUCAAAUCCUGAACCAGGCAAUACAACGUGGAAGAUAAACUGGCAAAUGUUUUUGUGUGAGGUUGGGAGCAAAGCAGACAAAGGAAUUAUGUCUCCACAGACAGACUGAUAAAGUUGUAGGCCUAUUUAAAAAAAAUCAGUUCAAGCUGAGCCUAAAAGUUUGAUGUAUUUUUGGCAUCUGUAAUUGGCUUUAAGCCGACCCCCCCCCCCCCCCCCCCCCCCUGAAGACGAAGCACUUUUCAUUUUGAAUAAAGGUUCCAUCCAGAGAGGAUUGAGUGACUGUGUCAAAUUUAAUUCUGCAUGAUCAACAGUAAUUAAUAAUUUCACUGCUGGGCUAUCUCUUGGUGCAAUGUCUCCUGAGUGGCGCAGUGGUCUAAGGCACUGCAUCGCAGUGCUAACUGUGCCACUAGAGAUCCUGGUUUGAAUCCAGGCUCUGUCGCAGCCGGCCGCGACCGGGAGACUCAUGGGCGGCGCACAAUUGGCCCAGCGUCGUCCAGGGUAGGGGAGGGAAUGGCCGGCAGGGAUGUAGCUCAGUUGAUAGAGCAUGGCGUUUGCAACACCAGGGUUGUGGGUUCGAUUCCCACGGGGGGCCAGUAUAAAAAAAAUAUAUAUAUGUAUUCACUAACUGUAAGUCGCUCUGGAUAAGAGCGUCUGCUAAAUGACUAAAAUGUAAUGUAAAUGCAAUCGUGGUUAUUAUGAUGGCGUUUUCUAGCAGACUCACUGAUAAACCUCAACUCUCUUUUUAUCUCUUGCUCUCUCUUUCCCUCGCUCUCUGUCACUAAUUAGCUAUAUGUUGGAGGAAAUGCUGCUCUCAUUGGACAGAAACUUGCCACAUACCCUCAGCUGAUGGUAGGUUGGCACUUUCACUCUCUAAACUCCUCACUAGAAUGCACACGUUUGUACAAAUUCUACUGUUCAGCCACUGUUGAAUGGUUAUCUGCACAGAUCUGAGUUGUGGUUUUUUGGCACAUUGAAACUUUGGCAGUUUGUUUUAAAUGGAACUGAGGACAUUGCCUAACUUGUGAAAUGUCCUGAAGUCAGUGACAGUGGAGGUUUCUGUCUUUAAUAGGUUCUGCUAUGUGGGCCUGUUGGGCCUAAACUACACGAGAUGCUGGACGAGCAAAUAGUUGUCCCCCCUGAGUCCCUGCAGGAGACUGAUGAAUAUCACCUAAUUCUGGAGUACAAAGCAGGUAAGGACCAAGGGCAACCUGAACCACAACUGAAAAUAGGUUUUAUAAGCUUUUAAUAGCUAGGUGAUUCAUGGAAAUGCAUUCCUUUCUUACCUCAAGUAGCCUAACUACACUGUCGGCCACUAUAAAAAUAUUUGUAGAAAAUGCAUGUCUGUCCUUUUGCCUCUCUAUCUAGGGGAGCAGUGGGGUGCGACACAGGCUCCCCAAGCCAACCGCUUCAUCUUCUCCCAUGACGUGUCCAAUGGGGAGAUGAGAGCGCUGGAGAUGUUUGUGGCCAGCCUGGAUGAGUUCCAGCCAGACCUGGUGGUCCUGUCCGGUCUGCACAUGAUGGAGGGCCAGGGGAGGCAGAUGUGGGAGCAAAGGCUCAAAGAGGUCUGUAGCAAAGCACAAACAACAGCACAAUGAUAUAGCACAUUUAGGGUUCUCGACAGAGUUUUGUCAAACCUUUGUAUAGACUGAGCAACACCGAUGGUUUGCUUGAACCUUUUCAGGCAGUGGCGACCAUUGCUGACGUCCGCAACGCGGUCCCUGUCCACCUGGAGCUGGCAAGCAUGACUGACAAAGACUACAUGAACAGCAUCAUGCAAGAGGUAAAGGUGUAGGUUUAACAGUAACUAAAGUACAAGUUUGGCAGAACUCAAUAUUCUUUUUUUAAAAGGCCUUGUCUGGUUAAAAUCGGGAUCAUAUUUGGACGUUGUGAUGUCGUCAAAAUAGAUGAUGUCAAUUUAAAGUGGAUAAUAGUGCUGCGCAAUAAAGUGCUGUAUUGGAGCUGAUGCAGACAAUAAACCAUUUGGUGUUGUGUUCUGUUAGCAGGUCAUGCCCAUAGUGACCUCUAUUGGGCUGAAUGAGCAGGAGCUACUUUUCCUCUCCCAGGCCGGCACGGGGCCUCACGCAGAGCUGGCCUCCUGGGGGGGGAUACCGGAUGUAGGCCGCGUCAGUGACAUCCUCCUGUGGGUCCUUGAGCAGCAUGGACGCAGCGACCCCGAGUCGGAGGCUGACCUCACGCGUAUCCACUUUCACACUCUGGCGUACCAUGUCCUUGCCACUGUGGACGGGCACUGGGCCAACCAGGUGGCCGCCGUGGCAGCAGGGGCCCGUGUGGCCAGCAUCCAGGCCUGCGGCCUCCAAAGCAUAGAUACCAGUAAGGUGGUUCUUAAAGCUCCACUGGAGUUCCACAGCUCCCACGGCGAACCGAGAGAGAAGUUGUCCCUGAACCCAACUGAGCCUGUCACUGUUUGGCACCGUGGCAACGUGACCUUUCACCUUGCACCUGUGCUGGUCUGCAAGCAGCCACUCCGGACAGUAGGGCUGGGGGACGCCAUCUCAGCAGAGGGGCUCGUAUACUCGGAGAUCAGGCCACAGCUGCCAUUUUUGUGAGCUCCUUUUUUCUUGCACUCUUGUUAUUUUAUUGUAUGGUGGUGUGCACCAUAUCUCCCCAACCCCACCCAACCAACCAACCAGUGAUGUCUUUACCUGUACUGUAGCUUUUUCUUGGGUUGAAAUUCUGGUCCUUGGUUAGCUAAGUAUUUUGCACCGGGCACAGUUUUUAAGCCAUUUCUGUAACUCCAAGGAGUUGUGCUGGGUUACUUCCUAUUUCAUUUGCCUUGUGAAAAUGCAAUGUAAAUGUUUGUGUACAAAGACAAUGCCAAAGCUGCUUGUCAGUUUGGUUUGGAGGGGGGGAAAUGGAAAAACAUUCAGCAAUAUGGUCUCUAUAAGUAGCGGUGCGAUUUCAGACAGAGUUUGAGCUUUCAUGCAGCUAUCAGGUUGCACGAGAGAGGAGCAAACUCCUGUGCACAUGUGCAGACGCUGAACAGUGCCAACGAGUUCAGCCUCUUGCAUCACACUCUUUUUGGAAGUUUAUUUUCACAUCAUAUCGCUGAGUCUUAGUUCAAUUUCCUUCAAUAAUCUUUCUUGUUGACCCUGUUCAGAACAAGCUCCCUCAUCCAAGCACUAUUGCAUUAUAGUUGGGGAAAGUGGGGUAAGUUGAGCCAAGUGGUUAGUUGAGCCACCCCUUGUUU